CAGGUAAAAGCUGCUUUCUGUCCCUCCCAUUUAAAUUAGUUUUAUAUUAUGGCGUGAUAGUUUGCAAUAGGUGGGCACAUGUCGUUUAAUAACCGUUUUAAAAGUAAGAAUAGCAACGUGGACAAGGUGAAAAAGGCCGUUCUAGCACUACAGGCUUUCCUGAACUCUAAAGCCGGCGGCAAGUCUCUCUUUCGGGACGAGUUCCAGAAUAUCAGUCUUCUCUUUACCUUCUGGAGGAUCCCCAGUCAGGCUCGGACCAUUCGGAUUCCAUUGCCUCAUGGCCAACGCAGAGAAGCGGAAGAAGUUUGUCUCUUCACCAGAGAUGAGCCCCGAAUGACCGCAGAGCAAACUCAGAGGUUUUAUAAGAAGUUGCUGGAAGAGAGAGGGGUUAAACAUGUUACUGAGAUCAUUCCCUACAAGACCCUGAAGACAGAGUACAAACCAUAUGAGGCUAAACGACGACUUUUGGGGAAUUUUGACAUGUUCCUUGCCGACAGUCGCAUCCGGCGCCUUUUGCCAUCCCAUCUGGGAAAGCACUUCUACGAGAGGAAAAAAGAGCCGCUUUCUGUGAACCUGCAGAGCAAACACCUAGCCAAAGACCUCCAGAUAACCAUCCAGGGCACCAGAGCCAAGGUCACCAACAAGGGCCCUUGCUGCAUGGUACGUGUUGGCCACGCUGGCAUGCCUGCAGAGGAGUUAACGGAAAAUAUCAAGGCGGUUGUCCAAACUGUGGUGGAAAAAAUGCGCAUGCCGGGACCACUGAUAAAGAUUAUCCACCUGAAGAGUGUACGUUCAGUGGCUCUGCCAGUCUACACCUCAGACCUGACCCACCUCACCGAGCCCAGAGCUCCAGAGGUGAAGAAAGCAAAUUUGAAGAAAGCAAAUUUGAAGAAAGCAAAUUUGAAGAAAGGAAAUUUGAAGAAAGGAAAUGUGAAGAAAACUAAGGCGGCUGCAGCCAAAAAAGCAACACAGGACCCCAAACAAACUGCAGAUGGCCAAGAGCAAAAGGGGAAAAAACGGAAGGUAGAGAAGGACGACGACGAUGAGGAAAUUCCACAGCUGGUUCCUAUAGAGACAGGGAAGAAAAAACCUAAAGUGCAGUCAAAAAAGAAGCAAACUGCCAAGUCAGGUGCAAAGAAACAAGCGUCCAUUUUACAGAAAAUCACCAAGAGAGGUGUUAAGACUCCACCCAAAGGAAAAGGAAAAAGACCGAAAGUCAAAUAAUACUUUAUUUUGUAAUAUUAUCAAUUUAUUGAAACUGUCACAUCUUGUCUGUACAGUACAUACUGCAGUUAAGCAAUCCACUAAUAAACAAACAUGGCCAUUCAUAUUAA